GAACAGGAAAUGGAGCUGGAUCCAGAGUCAACUGAAAGCGAACCUCCAGCCCCAGGCACAGAAGAGCCUCCCGCGUUACAAGUAGAUCCAGUCAGUAAGUUUUAAUUCUUUAAGAUUUUUUACGAGUGUUCUAUUUUGAAUAAGAGACGAGAUAUUAAUGUGAGAUGUCUUGCUUGAGAUGUUCCAGAAUGAGAUCGCCUGGUAACCUUGUGGACUCUGGCAUAGCUGUCACUGACGUUUCUGUAGCCCUACGCUACACGGUAGGAGGCAAACCUAAGUAAAUACACGAAUGUUUGAGUAUGAGUUUAUCGGCUAAUAUGAUUUAACAAUGUUUGCAUAUCUGGUUCUUAUAUAUAGCUGAUGGCAUUUUUAUCAAGAUGGAUAAAUCCUUGGUGUAAUUGCUUAUUCAAUAUUAUAAACGAUAGUUCAAAAUGAUUUAUGCUUUUAGAGUUCCUCUAUUAUGCUAACCACCUAAAAAUAUUCCAUACAGUGUUUAAUUUGAAUAACUCUUUACUAAUGUAUGAAAACAUCAAUAGACUUAUGGAAUAUCAUAAAAGUAGUGUGUUCUACCGAAACCUCCAUAAGUAUCAUUGCAUUUUGCUGAAACAAUUUAUCAAACUAUAAUUACAAACUGGAACACCCUAAUUCAUACAUUUCUAGCAAAGUGAAAGACCUUGUAAUAUAUUUUGAUUCUAAAAUAAUUUUUCACAACUCUUUAGCCAACAUCACACAAGAAGCAAAUGGAAUGAUCAGAUUAUUUCUAAAGUUAUUAGAAACAGGGAUUGAUGUGUCAUCUUGAAUAUCUCUCUUGUUGAACAUAAAUGUGUAGUUCGGUCAAAGUAAUUAAUGAUUUGUAUUCUCAAAAGUUUCAGAUACAAUGUAACAAUUAAUUAUACAUGAUAUCAAUUCUCGUAGUCAUUUUUCCAGUAUUUAUUCAAUAAUGAAAAAUGAAGUUAUGAAGUAGGAUUAGCUGUGAUCAUUGCCUCGAGGUGACACUGCAAAACAAGGGGAUAACGAAAAUUCAAUUUUGAAAAAGUUUUGAAAAAAUACGUUAAGAGUAGUCAUUAGAAUGUGGUACCGAUGGAGCUAACCUUCAACGCAAUAUUAUAGGAGUGGUCUAUUGAGUUGAUUAAUCCUGGUAAAAAUGUAUAAAAAAAAAGUCAAGUAUGUUUUUCAGAUGUCAUAAUUAUAGUUAUCAACCAGUAAGUUUAUUGCAUAAGCUGAGCUUCACAAUAACAUAGAUAUGUUUCAUAUCACAUUAAUGUAAACAUCAUGGUGAUGUUUUCAAACAAGAGAUACAAGGAUAUGUAAUGAUAAUAAAUUGCUUUUAUUUUGUUUGGCGGAGUUUAGCAUACAUAUCUUUAAGUCUCUGAACAUAACCUAACAGUUUACAAGCUUGGUUCUAUACUAUGAUAUUAGGUUAGCUCCAAAGUGAGUGGGUCUAUUCGACCCUCCACCGCAACCUGUAAGGAUUUAUUGUGGCACACCAUAAUAUUAGUCCAUUAAUUGUAUAUCCUUCAUAAUACAAAUCAGGAAUUGUAAACAUUUAAAAGUAUUCAAAAUACUGCACCAGGGUUUUUAUGCAUCUUGAUUUCUAAGAUGAGUAGCAAAACUACAUUACUGAAUUAGACUAUGGUUAGAUAUACCAACAAAUUUUGACAACCAGACCCGAUUGUAAUUUUCUGUAGAUUGAAUAUUUUCAAAUUGAGACUGUUUUUAGCGACCUACCUAUGGUUACUGAAACUGAGAAAAGUAACUAGAAGAUUAAAAUUUACAUUGUGAUGAUAUAACAUAAUCUAAUAUGAGAAACAAGGUUGGAAAAUUUAAAAAUGGUGAUUUUUAUGAUUUUUGUCUCUCAGCCAGAAUAGCAGAAUAACUAAUGAAACAUUUGAAAAAUUACCAAAAAAAUUAAUGAUUGAAAAAAUUGGUGACAUCACAGUGUUAUUGAACGAGAAUCUUUCGCAACGAACCCAUAAUGCAAUCGAACUGCUGAAUAUUUCACUGUAUUCAGUAUUGUCAUGUUUACUGUUUUUGCAGUAGGUCUCCUGUUUUGGCAGUUGAGUUACUGUUCUAUUUGAGAUUUAAAAUCUACUGAUGACCCAGUUGACCUUCUAUAGUAAUUGUUUAAUGACUGAAAAUAGUGUCACCAUGUAUGUAGUAUGUAUCUGUCAUUUUAAUUUUUUUAUAAGUCUUCUGUUUUUCUGGCACAAAAUCUACUGCUACGUAUGCAAAUAUUAUUUCUGUUACUGAGGAACUGUAACAGAUUAGAAUCGGAUUGUAGAUUCCCUAUAAAUGAUCCUAGUUGCCAUUGGCCUUCAUUUAGAUAUCCAAAUUUGUUGUCAUUUGCGGGCUAGUGUUGUAGUUGGUUUCAAAGGGUUAUAUGAUUUUACUAAAAUUUAAUCAAAAUUCUGUACUAUAUUCUCCAAUUUUCUCACUUUAGAGAGAGAUCAUGUCGGUUUUGCCAGUUCAAAAUUGAGCCGCAUACUGCUCUAUUUUUUAAACGAUUUUUUUUAGGAAGAUUACAGGGGUUUCAUAGCUCUUCAGAACCUAAUGAAAAUCCUUCACUUUUUGGAAAAUCUGCUGCUACAGUAGUUUUAAUAAUUGAUAAUAUUUGUUACUCCAAGUGAACAGUUCUCUGCUUUUUGUUUCAAUUAAAUACUGUAUCAGUCACAGACUGAAAAUUAAAGUACUUCUACAAAAUCCAAAUGUUAAUGCCUUUAGGGCCAUAUUGGUCCCCACUAUUGAAUAAUUAACUGUCCUUCAUUUGAAUCAAAAAUUCAGUUUGAAAUCAAAAUUAUUUUAUUUAUUUUUGGGAUCAUUGCGGGGAUUGUCCAGAAUGGACAAAGUCAAGUAUUUCAUCACUUGUAUUCACCACUAGAUACCUAACCUAGUGAAACAUUAUUAUUUUAGGUCAUAUCAAGAAUUAAAAAAAAAAAGGUAACGAUUUCAAGAAAUCUUGGUAAUAGGCAUUAUUCAAUUUACAGAAAAUUUCGUAAUUGUUGCUAUCGAAGAUGAGUGUUCAAAUAAUUUCCAGAUUUCGCUCUAUCAAGUUAGGUUGAAAUUUAGACUCAUACUCAUUCAUGCUAUUCGUAAAACAUUCCCUUAAGUAAAGGUAUCCGGUUGUUUUAGACAUCUCUAUUUUCUUUUUGUGUUUCCAGAUGCUAAUAGGUGCAACAAUUUGCGAUUUUCGGUUUCUAGCAGCUUGAGUUGAACCACCAGAUGGAUUACGACUUACCAGAACUUCUAAAAUAAGUUUUCUGAUCAUCAACUUGUUGAUUAGUUUUAUUCAUACCUGAUCGUCGAGAAAUAGAUUGCCAAAUUUUUAUUGUGGAAUGUUUAUAACAUUUAAUUACUACAUAGAUGAUUUGGACCUUGGAAACAAUUAGGCUAUGUUUAUGUGAAGGACACGAAUACAUCUAUGAUUUAACCCAAACAGGUGAAGUUAUAACUGGGCCUGGGGCUCGCAGCAACACCAUUGCUGGAAUUUUGGGAGGUAGUCUUUCCAAACUUUCAUCAGAUGAUGCAGAUGCGGUAAGCAAAGCAAAGAAAUAUGCUAUGGAACAAAGUAUAAGGAUGGUUCUAAUGAAACAGACCAUCGCUUAUCAGCAGCAGCAAGAGGCUAGUCAGAGGAAUCUAAUCCAGAGGCAGCAGGCUCUCGCUCUCAUGUGCAGGGUAUACGUAGGCAGCAUCAGCUUUGAACUGAAAGAAGAUACCAUACGACAGUCGUUCUUACCUUUUGGGCCUAUAAAGUCCAUAAACAUGUCUUGGGAUCCUGUGACUCAAAAACAUAAGGGCUUUGCAUUCGUAGAAUAUGAAAUUCCAGAAGCAGCACAGUUAGCUUUGGAACAGAUGAACGGUGUCAUGAUCGGCGGAAGAAAUAUUAAAGUAGUGGGUAGGCCAAGCAAUAUGCCACAGGCGCAGAACGUAAUUGAUGAAAUACAAGAGGAAGCAAAGCAAUAUAACAGAAUAUAUGUCGCUUCGAUUCAUCAGGAUUUGGUGGAAGACGAUAUUAAGAGUGUUUUUGAGGCAUUUGGUCCCAUCAUAUACUGUAAACUUGUGCAAGGAAGCUCGGGACACAAGCAUAAAGGAUAUGGCUUUAUCGAAUAUGAAAGUGCUCAAGCAGCCAAUGAGGCGAUUGCCAGCAUGAACCUGUUUGAUUUAGGUGGACAGUAUUUGAGGGUAGGAAGAGCUAUUACUCCCCCUAACGCACUUUUAGGACCGUCAUCUGGAUCUAGUGUUUUGCCCACAGCUGCAGCAGUGGCGGCGGCAGCAGCAACGGCAAAAAUUCAAGCUAUGGACGCAGUUGCCAGCAAUGCGGUGGCAUUGGGUUUAUCAAAUCUUAGCAGUGCAUCAAGCAUUCCGACAGCCACACCCACUCCUUCAGUUGCUGGUAUCUCACAACCGGUUGUUACUGUACCCACUAUAGUAACAACACCAUCGUUAGCCCUACCAGUACCAGCAGGAUCCAUUCCAGCGGUUAUACCACCUCCAGGCAUUGCCAUACCACAGAUAACCCAGAAUAAUAUUAUUCAGCCAGCUAUCGUUACACCAAUGAUUAGCAAUGUACCACAGGUUAUCGUUCCACCACCUGCUGUUGUGACCCCAAUCUUGAAUCAGUCUCAAGCAGCUUCUUUGGAAACGAUGAAGAGGGUUCAAGAGGCACAAUUGAAACAACAGGAACAGUUGCAGAAGAAAUUGUUGGACCAAAACGAACCUCAGACAUUGCAACAGCAAGAGAGUAUGUCGAUAAAAGGACAAAAUGCCCGACACUUUGUUAUGCAGAAGUUGAUGAGAAAAGUAGAUUCUAGGGUAGUUAUUUUAAGAAAUAUGGUUGGUCCAGAGGAUGUUGACGAAUGUCUUCAAGUGGAAAUCCAGGACGAGUGUUCCAAAUUUGGAGCUGUAGACAGGGUAAUAAUAUAUAAUGAAAAGCAGACAGAAGACGAUGAUUCUGAUAUGAUUGUAAAAAUAUUUGUGGAAUUCAUGGAGACCUAUGAGGCAGAAAAAGCACGAGAUGCCCUCAACGGAAGGUAUUUUGGAGGACGAAUGGUAAAGGCAUCGCUUUAUGAUCAAACCUUAUUUGAUCACGGGGAUUUUUCGGGUUGAUUAUUUAUUAUUUAUUCAUAGCUAGAUGUGAUUAUAAGUGCAAAUCAGCUUUUUUCAACUG